GGCGCAGACGUCGACCGGCUGACUGACGACCGGAUGAGCCCCGUGAUCCUCGCCGCCAUGAAGAGCAACCAGGAAAGCGCCAAGGCUCUGCUAGAUCUGGGUGCCGACACAUCGAUAAGGCUACCCGAUGGUCUCGAUAUCUCGCUCGCUGCCGCCUCUCGAGGGUGCGUGCUGAUUCUCCGCAAGCUGAUGAGCCUCGGCUUCCCAGCCCGGGACUGGGUCAGGAGGUUUUCCAUCACCGUGUCCCUGGCCAAGGAAGCAUGGAAAAAGCGCAUCUAUCAGGGCUGCCACGCCCUACACAUUGCCGCGCUCAAUUGCCAGGUUGGGUCUUUGCGCUUCUACCUGGAGGAACGUCUGAUCCCUGUCGGGGACCCGUGCUUCGACCACAAGAUGACGGCGCUGCACUUUGCAGCUAUAGGCGGCGCCAGCGACGCAAUCCGCUAUCUUGUCGCGCAGGGCGCCGACAUCAACGCGCCUGAUGUCACCGGCCUCACCCCCUUGCACGUCGGCGUCCAGGCCAGGCAUCCAGACUCGGUCAGGACCCUGCUCAGCCUCGGCGCCAACAGGGCCCUCCGCGACCGCGAGGGGAGGACGCCGUUGCUUCUGGCGAUCCAGUGGAACGUGCACCUCUGCUAUAACCUUCUCAAAGAGGACGCUUCACAACCCAAGACCGACGUGGACUCGAAGCAGCCGACAGAGGGCCAAAGCAGCUCCUCGGCCAGCGCUGUCCUGCCGGCGGCGCGGCUAGCCAAGGCCACAAGAUACAUGGCUGAGGCGCUUGAGAACUCGGUCAUGAUGGGGGACCUAGGCGCGCUGUCGUUCGUGCUCCAAGACGGCUGCCCCGCGGACGCGACGAUGCCUUCGUGCGGGGAGUGCAGCGCCCUGGGGCUGGCCGUGUGGACGGCAAAGUACCCCGUCGUCAAGUUCCUGCUGGACAGGGGAGCUCGGCGCUUCACCACGCGCUGCCAAAAGCACAGCUUCCUCAAAGUUAGCGCUCUGUUCGAGGCCGCGGUCCUCCGGCCGCAGGCGCCGCACUGCCUCGCGCUCAUCCUGGACGCGGCGCUCAGGGACGGGACCAACUGGCUCAACUCGCACUUUACGCCGCUGCACAUCGCCGUGCAACAAAGCAACCUCGUCAGUGUGAACAUCGUUUUAAAGCAUAUUGCUUCGAACGCUGCUGCAUACCGCCAGGCAGCUACCGUCGCCUUUGGUGCCGCAAGGCCAGCGGCGGGGGUUGACCCUGUGGUGCGGGAGAUUGUAAAUCGCCAGGUGAGGUUGCUAUUCACCGACGAGUACCACAUGGAGCCCACGACGGCGCUGCACAUAGCGAUAAUGAGUGGUUCCGUUGAUAUAGCGCGCACGCUCGUGAAGCAAGGCGGCGCUGACGUGGAUGGGGUCGACUGGGAGCUCUCAACGCCGCUUCACCGAGCCGUUAACAACGGCUUCGGUGCCGGCGUCGACUUCCUCGUGGAGAUGGGCGCCUCGACGAACAGGCGUGACCGCAACGGCAACACACCUCUUAUGCGUGCCGCGCGGGCCGGCAGGGUUGACCUGUGCCGGCUGCUCAUCAAAGGCGGCGCGGAUACGACGGUCCGCAACCUCGACAGCAUGACGCUGCUGAGCUGCUGCGCCGAAAAGAGCUCCUCGCCGGCGCUUUUCCACUAUCUCUCCAGCCCCGAGGUCGGGCUGGACCCCUACGCGCGUGACAAGACCACAUACAGCCCGCUGCACGACGCCGUUCUCAACUCGAGCAUGACGGCCUACGUCUUUUCCGGGCGCUGGGACUUUGAGCGCGUCGCGUGCGGCGUGGACCUGAUCAAGAGCUUCUUCGCCCUCGUCAUCGACGACGGCGACGGCCGCUCCCUCCUGCCGCGGCUCCACCGCCGCUGGCCGCGCGCCGAGUGGUCCCGCUACCCCGCUGUGCCUGGCCGCGGCCAGGGGCUGCUCUGGGAGCUCGGCUGGCUCUUGUACCCCGGCGGUGCCGAUCCGGAGCUUGAGGGCUCCGCCGAGGGCACGGCGCUUAUGACCGCGUGCUCGCACGGCCGCAUCGAGGCCGUCAAGAUCCUGGUGCGGAGCGGCGCCCGCGUCGCCUACGUCAAGCGCCCGCCGGGCGAGGACGAUGGCGGCGAUGGGACGCCCGUCAUCCAGAACGCGCUCGAAUACGCCAGGGGGUUCCCGGAAAUUGUGCGCUGGCUGCUUGUCGGGCGGUACACGGAGCAGGGCAAGAUUUCGGACCGCCCGCACGAUGCCGCCGCCGCCGCCGCCGCAGAGCUGCGAGGCCGUGCCCGGCCGGCCGAGGGCGUUGAGGGCGCCCCCGGCAUCGGUCGGGUGCUGCAGGUGCGGUACGUGCUCACCGGGACGAAUCGCGAGUACGGCCGCAUGCGCCGAGAGUCGCUGCUGGCGUAUUUGCUGCGCACAUCGGAGAUCAAGCUUUCUCUCAGGGGAAAGGCCGUAGUUCCGUUCGCGGGCCCCAACUGUUGA